CUUGGUGCAACCAGUGCAGCAGGAUGCCGGAGCCUUCCCGCUCCACUCCAGCCCCCAAGAAGGGUUCCAAGAAAGCCAUUACCAAGGCGCAGAAAAAAGACGGCAAAAAACGAAAACGGGGCCGCAAGGAGAGCUACUCCAUCUAUGUGUACAAGGUGCUGAAGCAGGUGCACCCCGACACCGGCAUCUCCUCCAAAGCCAUGGGCAUCAUGAACUCCUUCGUCAACGACAUUUUCGAGCGCAUCGCCAGUGAGGCCUCCCGCCUGGCGCAUUAUAACAAGCGCUCGACCAUCACUUCCCGAGAGGUGCAGACGGCCGUGCGUCUGCUGCUGCCCGGGGAGCUGGCCAAGCAUGCCGUGUCCGAGGGCACUAAGGCUGUCACCAAGUAUACUAGCUCCAAGUGAGGCGCUGCUCCGGCGUCCCCAACCCAAAGGCUCUUUUCAGAGCCACCUUCCAGUCUCAAAAAAGGAGCGUGGUACCAGGUGUGAUUAAGACUUGUCAUUCACUUGUGCAUUGGGAUGGGGCGGGGGCGUUGUGCUGGACAUUGGGGCCCUGAGGUAAUAGAA